AUGAUAUCUCGAGCGGCCGCUCCCUCGACUUCCUCCCUUUCCUCCCUCUCCUCCCGUUCCGUCCGAGUCCAGGGCCAGGCUGCCCGUUCGUUCGCGACCGUCCAGGAUAACGCCCACCCGGUUCGGCAUUACGGAGGUCUGCAGGACAAGGACCGCAUUUUCACCAACCUUUACGGACACCAUGGCGCGGAUCUGAAGUCGGCAAUGAAGUAUGGCGACUGGUACCGCACCAAGGAUAUUGUCUUGAAGGGCCAUGACUGGCUCAUCUCCGAACUCAAGGCCUCCGGUCUCCGUGGUCGUGGUGGCGCCGGUUUCCCCUCGGGUUUGAAAUACUCUUUCAUGAACUUCAAGGACUGGGACAAGGACCCUAGACCCCGCUACCUGGUCGUCAACGCCGACGAGGGUGAACCCGGAACCUGCAAGGACCGUGAGAUCAUGCGCAAGGACCCCCAGAAGCUCAUCGAGGGUUGUCUGGUGGUGGGCCGUGCCAUGAAUGCCAACGCCGCCUACAUCUACAUCCGUGGUGAGUUCUACCACGAGGCUACCGUGCUCCAGCGCGCCAUCAACGAGGCCUACGAGGCCGGCCUCAUCGGCAAGAACGCCUGCGGCACCGGCUACGAUUUCGACGUCUACAUCCACCGCGGAAUGGGUGCCUACGUGUGCGGUGAGGAGACCUCCCUCAUCGAAUCCAUCGAGGGCAAGGCCGGCAAGCCCCGUCUGAAGCCUCCGUUCCCCGCUGCCGUCGGUCUGUUCGGCUGCCCCAGCACCGUCACCAACGUCGAGACCGUCGCCGUCACCCCGACCAUCAUGCGUCGUGGCGCCAGCUGGUUCUCGUCUUUCGGUCGUGAGCGGAACUCCGGAACCAAGCUCUUCUGUAUCUCCGGCCACGUCAACAACCCUUGCACCGUCGAGGAGGAGAUGUCCAUCCCUCUUAAGGAGCUGAUCGAGAAGCACUGCGGUGGCGUCCGCGGCGGCUGGGACAACCUCCUCGCUGUUAUCCCGGGUGGUUCUUCGACCCCCGUCAUCCCCAAGUCCGUCUGUGACGACCAGCUCAUGGACUUCGACGCCCUCAAGGACUCUCAGACCGGUCUGGGUACCGCGGCCGUCGUCGUCAUGGACAAGUCCACGGAUAUUGUGCGCGCCAUUUCCCGUCUGUCGACCUUCUACAAGCACGAGAGUUGCGGACAGUGCACUCCCUGCCGUGAGGGCAGCAAGUGGACAAUGCAGAUGAUGCAGCGUCUGGAGACCGGCCAGGCCCGCGAGCGUGAGAUCGACAUGCUCCAGGAGCUGACCAAGCAGGUGGAGGGCCACACCAUCUGCGCUCUGGGUGAGGCUUUCGCCUGGCCCAUCCAGGGUCUGAUCCGCCACUUCCGCCCCGAGAUUGAAGCCCGCAUUCAAGAGUACUCCAAGGAGCUCGGCCAGGGUCCCUACGCCGGUGGCUGGCACCCCAACAGCCGCGCCGAGGGCAAGCUGAUUUCCCCGGGCAUGUAA